AAUUUCAACUUGAUAACAUGUUUCAACUGUCCACCAAGUAAUGUUACAUUGUUUGUGUUUGAGGUCCCAGAAAGCCCAGACAUAUAACAUAGAUGGGUACAAUUUAAACAGGCUAAGAUUCUCUGACUGGUAUACACACUGAAGAGAUACAUUACUGCCAGUUGUUUGGUUUUUCCUACAAUGUGUCUUUACUGGGGAAAAAUUGAUCCCAACCAGAAACAAUGUUAAAAUAUAAAAAGACGAAUCUUCAUAAUAUCUGCGUACUUGGUUUUAAUUAGGUCAAAAGAUCUUAUCAAAAGAAUUUGAAGGGAAAACAAAAGGUUUGUAGAAACAUGUGGAACAAGAGGUGGGAUGAUCUGCUUUUUUUAUAGAAGCCUGAUCCAAUUGUGCCUUCAACGUGCACGCUAAUUACAGAGCUCAGAUCAUCUCCAGGGCCGGGAAUCUCCACGGCAAACCCUGAGAGGUCAGGACAGUGAGUGCGACAACUUCACUGAUCUGUAUUUCCACGAGUCAUUCAUGGGGACAUAUCUGGAUGUGCGUCUACUCCUCUACACCCGUGCCAACCUAGAGUGUGGUCAAGAGCUUCCCCACCAUAACUUCACUCAACAGCCCCUGUUUGACGUGACCAGACCCACAACUUUUGUCAUACAUGGGUACCGACCCACAGGUGCACCACCCAUCUGGAUCAACCACAUUGUGCACCUGCUAGCAGCACAGAAAGACAUGAACAUCCUGGUAGUGGACUGGAACAGAGGGGCUGCCAACCUUAACUACUUCACAGCUGUGGCCAAUACACGUCGUGCAGCUGCAAACAUCACUGGCUUCAUAGAGAGCAUGGAGAAAGAGGGAGCAUCUCUUGACUCCAUCCACCUGAUUGGGGUCAGCCUAGGCGCACAUGUGGCUGGGUUCAUUGGGGCGAUGCUGGGUGGAAGAGUGGGCAGAAUCACAGGUCUUGACCCAGCGGGGCCAAUGUUUGCUGGUGUUCCCCCUGAGGAACGCCUUGAUCCAACUGAUGCCCAGUUUGUUGAUGUGCUGCACACAGAUAUGAACUCCUUUGGCCUUAGAGGAACCCAUGGCCAUAUUGAUUUCUAUGCCAAUGGAGGAUUAGAUCAGCCCGGCUGUCCCAAGACCAUUUUCUCAGGGAAAUCUUAUUUCGUGUGUGAUCACCAGAGGUCUGUUUUCCUGUACCUGUGUGCUCUGAACCACACCUGUAACCUUACAGCAUACCCCUGUUCCUCAUACACAGACUUCCUGAUUGGCCAGUGUUUGCAGUGUGAGACCUUCAAGCCUGCUUCCUGUCCUGUUCUAGGUUAUGACAUGAGUCAGUGGAGAGAUACGCUCUUCAGGUUGGGGCAAACAAGAGCCUUUUUCUCAACUACGGCAGAGCUCCCCUACACCAAGACAAGCUACAGAGUGGACCUAGUUACCUGGAACCAGUUUCUUCGCUGGGGAGUGGUCAUACUCCAACUGCACAAUGGAAAAAAUGUAUUACAAACAAGGAUUGAUCAGAAGCUGUUGCGAUUUGAGCAGUAUACAUCCACUCGACUACUUGCCCAGUUUGAUGAAGAUCUAGAUCCAAUUCAGAAAAUCUCUUUGCGGAUUGUCACUGGGAAUAUUAUCGGACCCUGCUACAAGAUAAGGCUGCUUCGUAUUCGGAUAUCACAAUUGGAAAAGCCGAACAGGCCACCAAUGUGUCGAUAUGACAUUAUUCUAGAGGAGAAUGCGGAGGUGUCCUUCAAACCUUUGCCCUGUAAUUAAUCUCAUCUGUGAGAAAUCAUCUCAAAAUGCCUCUCUCAACUCAGAGCCAUUUUAAGUAGGACUAACAAGUUCCAGGCCAUAAUUUCCAAGCUGGUCAGCCUGUGACUGUCUGUGUUUAAAUAGGACAAACACACCUAGAAGGUUGUGGGUAUUGGUACAAAUUAUCUUUGAGGAUAACUACAAGAUCUCACCAUCUGAGACACUUAAUACACUUGAGAUACAUUUUAGUGCCUUGUGUUUGAGAUAUUACUGCUGUGAUUUUUCAGAGCAGUUGUGUAGUAGUAUUUGAUCUGUUAUUCCAGAUGCUGCGUUCAUGGCUGAAUUACAGUGCAGUUUUGAAUGGUCAGAUUAUAUUUUCCUUACAAAUGUAAUUAAUACAAUUUUGUAUUUUUUGAACAAAUUAAUGUUAUGUUGAAAUAUUUUUUUUUUUUUACUGUACAGUCAGCGUAUGGUUUGUCAUUACC